CAAUGCGAAAUGAAUAGUAACCUUACUUAUUUAUUAUAGGAAAUGUUGCUAAAGUAACUGAAAAAACUUAAAUUCCUGUUAUUUUACCAUAAAAAAACGUGUUCAAAGGAAGGCUAAACUGGCUAGGUUAUUGAUGUCGUAACAAUUAGCCGAUGUAAAAAUACAAUCAUUGAAAUUAGGUUAAAUGAUAAAAUACUUUCUAAAUACACAAAAUGACAUAUUUGUCAUGUUCACUCUUUACAGUUAUGUUUAGUAAAGGGUAAUCCUAAUGUUGUUUAAUUUCUAAGAACAAUAGCAAUUAAUUCCCACAGUGUUUAUGGAGUAUUAAUGUGAAGUGAAUGGUUUAGUACUAUCAUUUUUAUGGUGAAAAUUCUGUAAGUACAUUUUGGAAGGACACAGAAAAACUAUGGAUUCGGAUGAUGAGCCUUUGAGUAAAAAAUUUAAGCUCUCUACUCGACCUUCUGUUGAAGAAAUUCCAACUAGUUUUAACAUCGCCAAUUUACCUCAUCUUACACUAGUAAAUGUUUUGAAAUACUUGGAUUUCAAAACCGUUUGUAUGUGUGCGACAUUGUGCAGAAGUUUGUAUGAAGCGUCAACUGAUACGUCACUUUAUAAAAAUAUCACAUUAAAGCACACUAUGAGCAAAGGACAGUUGAAAGCAUAUCUCUUGAGAGUUUCACGGCCCAGAUCUCUUUCAAUAGAAUACAAAUGGUAUGACAAAAGGCAGCAAUCGGAAGACUAUACAGAAUUUAACGAAUAUAUCAUUUUAGCCUUGAAAAGCUUUGGUCAAUAUUUAACUUCUUUAAAUGUUGAGAGUUGUAGAACUGAAGAAGUGCUCAGUUAUCUGUCAGAGUGUUCAAAUCUACAAAGGGUAAAGUUUAUGCGCUGCAAAGCGUCUUUUGAACCUCUUCCACGAAUUACGGGUUUAACUCAUAUAUACUUUUUGUGUUCAGAUAUACCAAAUGCGGUUCUAUUAGAUACUCUGAAGGUUAAUAGAAAUCUUAAAUCAAUAUCAUUAUGUGAUAAUAUAAAUUUAUAUGUAAAUGGUAUUGCAGAAGUUAUAGGAGAAUAUAAUCAGAAUGUUGAGAAAGUUAAAUUUUGCGAAAAUAGGCAUAUGCGGGCGAAAGGUUUAAAAGGAUUGGCCCGGUGUAAUAAGUUGAGGAUAUUGGAAUUAACAGGCGGACCAUAUCAUUGUGAUCCAGAAGAUUCGUUACAACAAAUGGCUGCCGGAUGCCCGCUGUUAGAAAGGUUGGUAAUAUACGGUUGGAAAGGUAUAAAUGAUGACAACCUGAUGCCUGUUCUGCAAUGUUGUACUCAAUUAAAAAAUUUAGACUUGAGAGGCAUAGACAUUACCAUUAAAAGCUGUCGUGAAGCUGCCCUUUCACUGCCACUAUUAAAGACGAUGGAUGUGUACAAAUGUUCUCGUAUAAAAAAGGGGCAGAUUUUGAAGUUACAACAAGAAUUUCAAGAAAUAGAUUUUGCAAUUUAUUAAUUUUGAGAAAAUUAAUUUCUAGUUUUUAAUGUGUAGGUACGAAUAAACUUAUUUUAUAAUUUGAAUUUUGUAAUAUCUGUACCUCUGAGUAAGUCUUUGUGUAAAGUGUUAAUAAAAAUAGUAAUAAUUUGA